CUUUCAAAUGCCACCGGCAUCCCCAAAAGGGUACUGCCCCAUCUAAAUGCGCUGUCUGACGUCUCGCUCGCAGGACGAAUGUCUUGGGCUGUGGAUGGAAUCGCCAGUCGGGAAGAGGACACUACCUACUCUCUGGGUGCCAUCGCCGGAGUCACAAUACCGGUGCGCUAUGGUGAAGGCACCGAGAGGGCCUUUUCGCAUCUCCAGGAAGAGAUCCUGCACGACACCCGUGACGGUUCCAUUUUUGCUCGGCGAAGUGUCCAUAACCAGAAGGACCAUGGGCUCUUGGCUCGCUCGCCGUCGGAGUUUCGC